CUUUCACUUUCGUUAUUCUAUCACUUAUGCCCUUCGAUUCUUUUUCGCUUUCAAACACCUCUGACUCAGGGCUUUGGGUUCAGAACCGAACGGACACGUGCGGAUUGUUCGCAAUGGCUGAGGAGACCCCCGAAGGCCUGACGCUGAGGACGAAGGGUGAGGAGGGAGAGGAGCAAGGUGAGGAAGAGGAGUACAGCGACACGACGGACGCCAAGCCGGACAGAAAGGGUCGUUUCCUUCUUUUUGGGAGUAAGAAGACCAAGGAUGGGCAGACGCGUGACCUGGGUAGCUCUGCAGACAGCCACUACAGGAUUGUUUCGCCAGGAUUGCAGUAUAAGAUGAGCCACCCGCGAGUGGGAAAGUGCAUCAUCAUCAACAACAAGAACUUCGAUGAGAGAACUGGGAUGAACGUGAGGAAUGGAACCGACCGAGACGCCGGGGAGCUGUCAAAGUGCUUCAAGAAUCUGGGUUUCGAUGUCCGCGUGUUCAACGACCAGACGUGCGAGAAGAUGGAACGGCUGCUCAGGGAAGUCUCGCAGGAGGACCACAGCAACAGCUCCUGCUUCGCCUGCAUCCUGCUUAGCCAUGGUGAGGAAGGCAUGAUCUAUGGCACUGAUGGUGCCAUGCCCAUCAAGACCAUGACGUCCCUCUUCCGGGGGGACAUGUGCAAGAGCCUGGUGGGCAAGCCCAAGCUCUUCUUCAUCCAGGCUUGUCGAGGGUCAGAGUUCGAUGACGGAAUACAGACAGACUCUGGGCCUCCAAAUGAGACGGAAACAGACGCAAACCCCAGACAUAAAAUCCCCGUGGAAGCAGACUUCCUGUUUGCCUACUCCACCGUACCAGGUUACUACUCGUGGAGGAACCCUGGGCGCGGCUCCUGGUUUGUGCAGGCCCUCUGCAACGUCCUCAACGAGUACGGCAAGCAGCUGGAGAUCAUGCAGAUCCUCACCAGAGUCAACUACAUGGUGGCCACCAGCUUUGAGUCGUGGUCCGAGGACCCGCGCUUCAGCGAGAAGAAGCAGAUCCCCUGCGUCGUGUCCAUGCUGACCAAGGAGCUGUACUUCAACUGAGUCCGGGGGCAGCUCCCGCCCAGCCCCCGCUCGUACAUUCAGGGAAGAUCGGGCCGCAGCCUGAGACACGCUCCGUCAUUCUGUGGUGAUACUUGCCUCUCGAGGUUAUUCCUGGAAUCUGUCACAUCUGAACUUUGUCCGCAGGCAAUGUGGGAUAUCUGUGUUCGUUUACCUGGGAAAUGCGUUCCAGUGAGGACGGGCCUGGAGGAUUACCAUCUACCGUAAGGCCUGAAUCAGGAGUUUCAUGUCUGUACCAGCUGUCACACCUUAGAGCAGAAGUUCAAGAACAGGGUCCUUGAUCCCCUGGAGGCAGAAACCUGUUGAUUAGGUGUUCUCUGCACUUCAUUAAACUCCACAACCAGCAUUCCCGUUAUCUGUCCAUCGUCCUUACCUCAACCAUGGACCUCACCACACACAAUCCUGGACCUCAGUCGCGGCACUUAUCAAGAUUUGCAUUAUUCCGGUUGAUGGACCGUUGUUUAUCACUUUGAAACACCUUCAAAACCCUUGCUCUUGAAAAUAAUGACCUCAUAGAUGCCAUUAUUGACCAACAGGACAUUAGUCUGACAGAAACACGGACCUUUUAGCCAGAAAAUGCCAGUUGCCGAUGUGUUCUUGCGUUGUCAUUAUCAUUGUGGCUUUUGGAGCUCCUCGAGUAUGAGCUCAAGUAUUUCCUCAAGCCACUCAGCCAUCGCUGAUUCUAAAAGCAUGGUUAGGUAAACACCUCUUUUCAUUAAAAAAAAAAAAAAACUUUAGUCUUGGCCGCCCUCUAGAGGUAUUCCGUAUAUGAAAAUAAUACUGGAAGACUAGCUGUGAUGAAGUGGUUGGAAUGAAAGAAAAACGGUGAAUAGGCUCUUCGCUGGGUUAGGGUUAGAGUUAGGGGUUAGGGGUUACGGGUUAGGCCUAAGAGUACAGAUGCCCAGGGCUAAGCACAAUAAGCUCCCAUAGAUGAAGAAUCCCAGGCCAGGGGUGUGUUGGGGCGUCAUAAGAGAGCAGCUGGGAUGCUUUGGCUCUGCUUCCACCCUGCUUAUUAGUCAUUGUGACUUCGAACAGCUCACUGAGUGUUUAUGUAUACACAGACAAACAAUUAGAAUUCAUUUUCAUUCAUUUGCAUGUUGACUUGUUUUCCAAAAGCACAAUCUGCCACUUUGUUGUGUCGAGGUGGAAACAGCCAUGUGAAUGAAAAUGAAGCAAUUGCUGGAUAUUUCACAAAUACCUGGUUACGAUCAUUUACAAAGAGUCUCACAUGCACCUGAGGUUCCUUCUAAGAUCAAGGGGAGGCCGAUGUGAAGUUCUAGGCAAGCAGCCGUUCAAGGGGUGGGGCCUGAAAGCCUUGCAGCUCCAACGGGAAGCUCUUGCAGAGCUGGGCUUUCACGAAAGACAGAGUCCUCAAACAGGACUGUGUUCAGGUGCCCUGGUGUUAAUAGAACAUUAUGGAAGACACCACAUUUCCAGAGGUAAAAAUUGCCAUUUAAUAAUCACCGCAUGUGCCUUGCAAAGUCAGAGGGCCUGUAUGUCAGUCAACAGAGGCAGCUAUUACUGGUAGUUCCUUAGUCCCAUGUCGAAUCAUCCAGAAUGCGCAGGCCCGGCUACCGUUUAGUGUUCUCGUAACAGUCUCACCCUGACCUGUUUCCAGAGUGGUUCACGUGGGCUCCCUGUUUUCACUUUCUCUUGUCAUUUUUUAUUUACCUUUGAGAAAUCUGUAUAAUCACGUCUUUUUUUCACGAGCCUUCUCUCGUAGUACUGAUGACUUAUUCUUGGGUUUUUUUUUUUCCCUGAGAACAAAUGAACAAUUGUUUCUUGAUCUCGUUGGCUGGUAUUGGACGUUGGUCUCGGUGUUUGGCCUCGGCAGUUGUUUAGCCUUGGUGUCCGACCUCAGUGCUUGGCCUCAUAAUUGGCCUCAACAGUUAUUUAGCCUUGGUGGUUGACCUCAGUGGUUGAUCUUGGUGGUUAUGUAGACUUAGUGGUUGACCCCAAUGCCUGUGUCCAACAUGUCCUCCGUUAUUACUUAAUUCAUAGCCUAGUCAAGACUUCUCAGUUAGAAAGCCUAAACAUGGUCAAUCCUGGGAAGUGGUGGUUUUGUUACCAGCCAAAGUUCAACCGUAAACCAACGUUUCCCUAAAUCCCAGUCUUUUUUCCUUACUCCACUACCUGCAUGUUUUAGAAGGUUCCUUUACCCAAGAUUUCGGUCAUCAGCUCAAAAGACUCCUACAUCCUACUCAGCCGUGCUGGCUGUGGUAACAUGGGUUCAAUAACCAGCUGAUCCUAUGCCAAGGUAACUCAUGUCAGACCAACGGCUCAUGUGAUCCCUCUUGUUUCGGAAUGAUUUGAAAGGAAAAAACUGUUUUUAGAACUAGUUUUCAAUCGCUUUAAAGUGUUAAUGCUGUCGUCCUCAGGAAUUAUAUAGGAAAUGAUCUGAAUCUGUGACUGGGUCACUAAAGCUGGCAAAAGAUUUUUUUUUCCCUUCUUUGGAUUUCUUUAAAUCUCCUCUUAUGAAAGACUUUGUAAGCACAAAAAAAAUUGUUUUAAUAAAAUA